AUGGCGAUGGCGACAUAUCACGAUCAAGACGGUUUUGAGGAUGAACUGGAUCCUGCGGAGAUGGAUAUAAUAGCCAACAAUGGUGCCUACACCGGAGUUGACGAAGAAUUGGACGACGAGAGUCAAUUACAAAUGCAAUUAUUGCUUCAACAACAAUAUACUCAAGAGAUUCCUGAUGCCGUUAAAAAUUUCAUAAUGUACUUUCAUCGAACCAUUCUGGAAAGCAAUGUGUACGAGUUACACGGAGUAUACGAGAACUCAUUCAAUCGGUUAACCGAAAAGUUCUAUUCGAAAACAACUUGGCCCGAAGCCGAUUUCAUUGCACCGUUGGUCAACGAUGAUAACGUUCAGGUUUGGAGUUGUUAUAGCGUAUUGAAUGUCUUAUAUUCGCUCAUCACAAAAUCCAAGAUUACCGAGCAAUUACUCGUAACCAAGCACGGCGGUGAUAUGAUUGAGGCUGCCGGAGAAUAUGGUUCUCGCCCAUUGUACAAGAUGUUGGGAUAUUUUAGUAUUAUCGGUCUUUUGCGAGUCCAUUGCUUGUUGGGUGAUUACACUUUAGCGCUUAAAAUGAUGGAUAAUAUUGAACUCAACAAGAAGGCUCUUUUUGCACGCGUAACAGCAUGUCAUGUCACGACUUAUUACUACGUGGGUUUCUCGUAUAUGAUGAUGCGAAGGUACGCGGAUGCUAUUAAGGCAUUUUCUCACAUCCUUGUUUUCAUCGCGAGAACAAAAAUGUAUCACACACGAUCCUACCAAUUUGAUCAGAUCAACAAAAAGGGGGAUCAAAUGUAUGCUUUAUUGACCAUCUGUAUUGCUCUGUGUCCAACGAGACUGGACGAGAAUAUUCAUACUCAUAUGAGAGAAAAAUAUGGUGAACACUUGUCCAAAAUGCAACGGGGUGAGGAAGGACUGCAGAUGUUCGAGGAGCUAUUCUUGUACGCCUGCCCGAAAUUCAUUUCUCCAAUCGGUCCAAAUUUUGAGGAUUCCAACGCCUUAAUUGAACCGCAUCACCAUCAUGCGAAGAUUUUCCUCGCAGAAGUGCGCAAUCAAAUCCUCAUUCCAACAUUACGGUCUUACUUAAAAUUGUAUACGACGAUGGGAAUUGACAAGUUGGCUGCUUUUCUAGAGAUUCAUCCCGAUGAGUUAAGGACACAGCUACUCAUCGUUAAGCAAAAAUCGCGUCAACAAAAAUGGGUUAACGGUACAUUGCUCGAAGGAAAAUAUGUAGCAGCUUCGGAUCUCGACUUCUGCUUGAAGCAGGAUAUGAUUCAUAUCGCCGAAUCCAAAGUGGGACGCCGUUAUGGGGAUUGGUUCUUGCGCAAUAUAAACAAACUCCAGGGAGAUGGAUGGUCGGUUAAUAUUUGA